AUGGUCACCUUCUGCAAGUUCGGCCUUCUCGACCAUGUUGACGGCUCCCUCGACGCCAAGAUCAUGGAGAUCGACUACUCCUGGACGCAGAUCGAUCAGUGCACCGUCUCGUGGCUCUACACCACCGUCUCCCCCGACGUCCUCAACGCCGUCAUGCAGCCCUCCAACUCCGCCGCGUCGCUGUGGAACGCCAUCAACGAGCUCUUCCUCGACAACCGUCUCCAGCGCGCGGUCUACGCCAAACAAGAGUUCCACAACCUCGUCCAAGGUGAGAUGACCAUCACUGCGUUUUGCACCAGGAUCAAGUGCCUUGCUGACACGCUGCGCGACGUCGGGUCUCCCGUCGACGACCGCGACAUGCUGAUCAACUUGAUCCGCGGCCUCAACGAGAGCUUCGGCCACUGCAUCGCCGCCCUGACCUUCCGCCCGGAAGGGCUCACCUUCGCCAAGGCACGCUCCUCCCUACUGCUCGAGGAACGUCGUCUCCUCCACUCCACGCGCCAGGGACAGCAGGCUGCGCUUCUCGCCGCCGGCCAGUCUCUCACUGCAUCGCCACCUGCCGCCGCUCCCUCCACCAACAACAGCGGCGGCUACCGUGGCCGCUGGAAGAAGAAGAAGGUCAAGCAGGCCACCAAUGGUGGCCCGAUCGUCAUCAACGGCGGUCCUCGUCCUGCUGCUCCUCCUGGGUUCCCGACUUACCCCCAGCUCGCCGGCAUGUUCCAGGCCUGGCUCACGCACGGCCGCCAGCCCGGUUACGGCCCGAGCGUCUCCAACCCUGGCGCGGGCAUCCUCGGCGCCCGCCCUGGUCCUGCUCCUGCAAGCGCCGUACCCAACCACGCUGGGUUCUCGGUCUUCCACCCCGCCGAGUACCACCCCGCGCCUCCGUCGCCGGCUUCGUACCAAGGCUGGGAUCCGGCUCCCCUGCAGCAGGCGCUUCAGGCCAUGACCUUGCAGCCCGGUGGCGGCGGCUACCACCUCCCUGCACCGUCCAUCUCCAACAGUGGCAGCGAGUGGUUCCUCGACACGGGCGCCACGUCUCACAUGGCCAGCGACCCCGGACCUUCGAACUCGGGCGGUUAUUCUCCGAUGUAA